GUUUCCCCUGACCUACAGAAUGAAGUUCUUAUAAGCCUGUUAGAGACCGACCCAGAUGUUGUGGACUAUUUGUUGAGGAGGAAAGCUUCCCAGUCAUCGAGCCCUGAGAUGCUGCGGUCAGAAGGUUCCUAUUCCACGGGAGGAAGACAUUCCUCCACAGACUCCAACAAAGCUUCCAGCGGAGACGUCUCCCCUUACGACAACAACUCCCCAGUACUGUCUGAGCGCUCGCUGAUGGCAAUGCAAGAAGAAGUUGCCCAGAGCCCAGAUAAGCUGUACAAGGUACCUGAACAGUACACGCUGGUUGGACAUUUGCAGCCCAAGACAAAGGAGAAUUCUUCUGCAUCACGGGCUGGAAAAGAUGUUUCCGAAGAUAAUUUUGAUAUCUGGGGCACCUGGCAUUCGACACUAAAAAGUGGCUGCAAAGAUCCAGCAAUGACAGGUUCGUACGGGAACAUAUAUGAAAGCAGCUUGCUGCGACCUGGACAGUGCUCUCUUUCCCAGGGGAACCUCGCCACGUGUUCUCCUCGGUGGCAGGGCAGCUCCUCUGAAUUGGACAACAGCAGGCAGGUCAUGCGGAGGAGCCAGACGACUGCUGCCAUUCCCGAGUGUCAGCUCCACCCCACAGUGUCUCUGGUGUGCAGUAACCCCCGCAUUGAAGUCAGCAGUAGGAGUUCAGACCUGCCACACUCCAGGUCAGAGCGGCACUUGACUUUAAGCAGCGUGGAGGACCUCAGUGAGCACGACUCCAACGCGGGUUGUUCACAGAGCACAGCCAAGCCCUCUUACAGAAAAGAGAGGCCACCACCCCCUUAUCCAGGCCCAACAAAAACAAGCUCCGCGUUGUCACAGCGGUCGAGUGUUUCUUCAACGUUGCACUCUUUGUGGAGACGUCAACGCCAAGAUAAAAGUUCAGGGACCAGAGCAGCUGGAGGGCCGCCAGCCAAAGCUCCCGACCAGGCCACCUCCAGGCAGGAGCGGCCAGCCCCGCACACCCAGGCGGGUCACAUCUGUUCCACAGCACCUCACAGUCAGAACAGUAAAAAUGUUUCAGAGGCGGACUGGCAGGAUUGGCAAAGGGAGAGGUGGCAGAUUUGGGAGCUUCUAUCAGCUGAUAAUCCUGAUGCCCUCCCAGAAACCCUUGUAUGA